AUGUCAAAGCUAUCCCACAAACUGAAAUCCGUCAUCAAUGCUCCCCACGCAAGACCAGGAACAGUUCCCGCCCCCUCGCGCAUUUUAACUGUAUACCAAGGAAUCGCAAAGGAAGCCGAGGCUCAGAAUAUAGGGCUGAAACCGUGGUUUACGGCCGCAGCCGCUGCAACAAUGACAAUGAAUUCCCCACAAUCACUCUCCCAGCUCUUCGAGCAAGUUUCGAAUUCAGAAUCUCACGAUGAGACUGUUCGUCUUGCAGAAUUUGUCCGCGAAAUCGGACUGAAAUGCCUGGGGUUUAACGGCAUACCUCGGACGAUCAAUUGCUUGAGCGAAUUCCGCACCGGGCUGCCACCAACUGUAGCUGAGAUGCUAGCCACAAAGCCACGUCGAUCUCUUGCGCCGCAGGACAUAAACACCAUCUCCACCCGCGGCUCAGCCCUCUGGAAAUCCAUCUACUUCCCCUUUGAAUCAAAGCUCUUCCAAAAGCUGAGCCAAGCCCACCCAGACCUACCAGUGCACAUCGUAGAAAGCGAGUACGGCAACCUCUUCUCUGAUCCGCCCACACACCCGGGCGCUAUGCCAGUGACCGUGGGAAGAGUUUUGACAUCCAUUCUGGGUGUAGCGUGUCUGCGAGCACAAACCGGCGUUGGACCACAGCUUUUAUCUCACGUAUUUGGUCUUCGGAAGGCUUUUGAGGACGGAAGUUUCCAAGAUGACCUUGAAGAGGAUAUUCGGGGUGCUCGCUGGUUGGCUAGUGAUGACGGGAGUGUCUGGCUUCUCCAAAGCGUGGAUCACAUUGUGGAGGCUCUGGGAAAGGGUGAGGGAAGUAAUUUCGCGCCGGGUAUCAGUAUCGCCUACCUAAAAGGCACUGGGCCUGGCGGGCAGAAGAUCUCGCAGAAUGAGAAGAUUGCGCGCCAGCUUUUGGCGGAUCGAGUUGAGGCUCAUGAGAAGGGAGAUCAGAGUCGGGUUGCGUUGAAGGCUGAGGCGGCAAGGAAGAAGAAGGCUAGUAAGGUUAAGAAGGCGAAGAGGAAGUAUCGGGGGUUGGAGAGGGCAAGUGGGGAGGAUGGGGGUUUGCAUGAUGAUGGAGAAGGAGAGGCGGGGAGUUCUGAGGAAAGUAGUGAGGGGAAGGGUGAAAAGGGGGAGUAA